AUAGCAACUUGGCAACAGAGUCACUUGGCAAAUGGCGAUUGAAAGAUGAAUGUUGUUGCGUCAGAGCCGCGUCAUCAUAAAUUGCACUUGCCUCCGUUCACCGUUUAACCGUGGCAGCUUUUCGAUUGAAAGCCUAAAAUCUAAAUUACAAUGGAAAUCGUACAAGAAUUAUCGAAUCAGUACGUCCUAUAUAUACCCGUUGCCCUGGCAAUAGUAGCCGCAGUUUUGGUGUUUACUUUUGGCUUCAAAUCUGCAGAACAACCACCUUCCUUCGAUAAACUUUCCAGUGACGAACGGAAAUCAGGUGGCAAAAAGAAGAAAACUAAAGAUAAGAAGUCACCUGUAAAUGGCCAUGUAGCAACUGGAGAACUUAAAAAUGAAAAGUCUCCAUCCAAAGAGUCAAAGAAGUCACCUGUCAAGGAAGCUGUAGAAAUUAAGCAAGACAAGAAGAAGGUUGAAUCCAAACAGCCAGAAAAGGGCAAAAAGAAUGAAGUCAAGAAUGAAAUAAAACAAAAAAAUAUUCAGGAAGAAGUGAAAAACAAAAAGAAUAAGAAGCUCAUUGAAAAACCAGUAGACUAUGAUGAAGGUGAUUGGGAAAUGGUCCCAUCAAAAGCUGACAAAAAGAAGAAAGUUGAACAGUCCCCAGGUAAGAAGGACAAGAAAACUAACAAUAAUAAAAAAAUUGACAUUGAGAAAGGCGAGAUUGAAAAGCUGGCUAAGGAGUUGGUCAACAAAGAGCUGAGAGAGAAAGAGAAAUCCAUGGAGAAAGCAGUUGAACCAGAAGUAAUUGGAAAGAUCUCGGAACCUGUUGUACAGGAACCUGUGCUGAUUAUUGAGGAGAAAAAGGAAAAAGAGAAGAAAAAGAAGGAGAAGAAGCCCAAAAAAGAUGUUCCACAGAAGCAGGUGAAUGUUGUCAUUGAACAUGUCCCAGAUACUCCUACUGUAGCUCCCAAGCAGGAGAAGGUAACACCACUGAAAGAAGAAAAGGUGGUGCCAAAAGAGAAGAAGGAAGAGAAGUCUACCAUUGAGGUGAAAAAUGAGACCAAGAAUGCAGGUCCUGUAUUUGAUGAAUUAGGAGAUACUUGGACAGAAGCCAAGCAACCGAAAAAGAGCAAGAAAAAGGCCCGUAGGGACAACUAGAAAAACUAUUCUCAGCCUAACCCGUGAAACGAGUUUCAUUCUAACUCUGCAAAUACCUGAUGCUGAGUCAGGUAAAUGUGAUUACAACCCCAGAAAAGUGCUAGGAGAUUAGAUCUCAUAACCAAAAAGACUCAUGCACACUGAGAAAUGCAUUGAAGCUACCUGAGGUUGGAUAAAAUCUCUGCUCAGGGUGAUACUUUUAGGUAAAUUCUUAGGACUCGUGGUUCUGUGAUAAACGUAGAUUUUUCAACCUUUGUAAGAUUACAGUUAAAAUAUGUAAAGUUUUGAAUAUCCUCAUUUUUGGCUGAGUUUCAAAUAGCACAUUGUUGAAAUCUGUUUAUGUAUAGAAUGGUUGAAGUUCUGCCUGAAAUUAUCAUCUUGAGAUUUGAUUGAUACCAGAAUGGCUUCUGGAGACUAACAUGAGAUGUCACUGUGUAUAAAUUCGAGGAGCUUGUUAGUUGGGUUACUAGGUAUUUCACCAGAAAAAAAAAAUAAAAAAAAACUUAUUUUUAAUAUAAAAUACAUUUUAUUUUGUUUACUAUUUUUCCAAAAAAUAAUCUAAGAUGUAAAUGACAUGUAAAUUGCUAGUUACUGCAAAUAGGUGCAUAAUAAGGCAUUUGACUGACUGUCAAAAUAAAAAUAUCCUGCAUUCCAUCAUCUAAUAGUAUAAGUGUAAUCAUAAAUUCUAGCAAUGUGCCAAACAAGCAUGUUAAAUCAUAUUACUAAAAAUCAAACAUUCUAACCUAUCCAAUGAAAAUGUAUGGCCUUAUAGCAUGGCAUAUUUGCAAAUGAAUGAUAUAUUUUUGCAAUGAAGUUCAAAAACGAUAGUUUUACGGCGUAGUCUUCCACCCUUAUUUGGGAAAUCGUUCGUUUUUGCACCGCCUCUGAUUACGGAUGAAUUUUGUACAUCAUCAUCGUGAAAACUGGUCAAAGCCACGUGCUACCAAUUUUUGAUCUGGAGCAUCGCAAAUCGCUGAUGUUCAGUUUUUUUCGCCUCUUAGCUUUGUCAGCAUCCAAGAGUCGCUUUUUAGGCUAAGGUGAGCACGUUCGGAUUUCAGGGCAAUUACCAUCCAUAUAGUGGCUCCCAUUUUUAAAUCAUCCCUUGUAGGAGUUAAAAGAUCUCAUCAAAAAUCAUUCGAAAAUCAGCGGCGGGUAACGAAGUAUUACCCUAAUUUGAUGUUUAUUUUUCUAUUAGCGGCUUAUUCUGGAAAGAUGACAGUACUGUUAUGGAAUACAAUAUUAUAUUUUACCUAUAGCUUAAAUUAGAUAUAUCUUGCCAUUGAAAUAAAGACUGAAAGGGAAUAUACAAAAAACUUCUGUUUGCAUCAGUCGCGAAACCAGUAUUGCUGGCAUCUUCUAUAUACAGGAUGUGCCAAAGAUAACAUCUGUAGGCUUCACAAAAAUAAUUUCAAAUCUAUUUUACGACUGCCUCAAAACUUCAAGCAGCCCAAAAUAUAUUCGUCAAAUAUCUUUGAUUAUAUUGCAAGCUAAUCCAUAAGUGCUUCUUAAAAACGAGUAUAAUAAAACAGCAGAGCCGAACAUUAUUUUUCACCGCCCUCAUAUUUUAUUGUUUCCAUGCCUCAUACACAAAAAUCAUCAAAUUUACACCCAGCCAUGAUCUAGAUCAAUGUGAUAAUAAGCAGAUCUCCGAUACUUCUAAAUUGGUUUAUUAUUAUUGUUGUGGAGUGUACAUUUUGCUUCAAUGUGGAAGUAUUUGAUUUCAAUGUGUAUUAGCUAGUAUGUUAGUGGAUCUUACAGUAUGUUUUUUCAGAUUUUUUAAAUUUUUAAAACUAUGAUCUCCAUAUGAAAUGUACUUUAAGAUCAUGUCUUAUUUGAAAAAGAAAAAAACGGAUCAUUUGCGUUUGUUAUUAUAGCAGUAUCUACAUUCUAUUUAUAUCAAAUAUUUAUUCAUGAUUAUACUAAGAAUAUCACACUGUAAAAAUAUAUAACAUUUGACCAAUAAAGGAUUGAGCCACAAAUGGCAAAACCUUGAGGAUAGCAUAAACAAAUAAUACCCGUAUUAUAAAUUUAUAACUUUUUAACAACGGAAUUAUAGUUCAUUUUCAAUUUUCUACUGUUCAGACAUGUUAUCAUUUUGCUAGAUUGCACCAAUGUUUAGUCAUCCUUGCUAACUACAUAUUAAUUUAACACUUUGUUAGCAUUUUACUAUCAGUUGUUUUAAAACAAACGAUUCAUAUAAUAAUUACUACCAAGAUAACGUUACAACAUUCAGCGAUAUCAAGGGUGCCGACUGGAAUUCAAAAUAAAUAUUUAAUAUUAUGACAUCUUUUAUAAUUAUUAUUGUUCAUGUGUAUUGUACUUAGCAACUGAUUAAAUACAGGCCUCAAUUAAUACUGUUAAAAAAAUAUUUUUACCACCAUCUUAUAUUUUUGUAAAAGUAUCAGAAGUGUCUCUGGGCAGUUUUUGAUUUACUUUUCUCUCAAAAUCAUCUAAUAAUUACAAUCCAGAGGUUAUAGCAGUGGCAUGCUGUAAGAUCAAACACCAGAUGAGUUUAUCAAUGUGGCCUUUGACGCAUUUUGUAUUAAUUUUUUUUGGCAUUUAAUGUAUUUAUUUUUUAUUAUGUGGUGUACUCAUCUUUCCAUUUGUAGGAUAGUGUUAAUUGUUUGAAUAUGAUUGUAGUUAGUAUCAAAUUAUUUAUAAAUUUAGUGCUGAGUUUAUUCACCGGCCUGUCAACCAUUGAAGUUCAAUUGACUGAACUGACAGUUAAAGAAGGCUUGCAAGAGUUCAAGGAUAUGAGUGCAUAACGAAACCAACACACUCUUUCAAUACUGAAGAGAAGCUAGCCUAAAUUGGUAAUAGAAAAUUUCUCUAUGAAAAUCAGCGAUGUGUUUAAACAUUCAAACAGAAUCACAGCUGUCAGUUUAGCUCUGCAAAAUAGUUGACUUCAGAAAUGAUUAGUUAAUUGAGUUUAGUCCACAAUUAUUAUAAUCGAUCUUUCAUGUGCAACAUAAUAAGAUAUCAGAUGGUCUCAUUUUGCUUCUAACAUAUAUCUUUUCACCCUGAUCUACUAAAGGUUUUUUUUUUAUUGGGUCUGAAAUUUAAAAUUGAAUAAAUCGAGUUGUGUGCGACAUAUGAUGGAAACUUUAAUUGCGUAUUAAAGUACAUUCAAUACCAUUACGUUGUAAAAAUUACAUAAUUCAAAUGGCCUCCGAGGCUUUGUUUACAGGACUCGAUCCUGCAUAAGUAAGGCUGGAUUACACCAAUGGUUUGAAUGAUGUUGUUCUCCAGUUGGUGAAUUGUUGUUGGUUUGUUGCGAAAAACCAGCGACUUGAGAUAACCCCAGAGAAAAAAGUCUCAGGGCGUUAAGUCGCACGAUCUUGGCAGCCAUUCCAUAUCGCCUCUUUUGGAGAUAAUGAUUUACUACAAUGUGUAUUGACAACACUGUAUCGACCCCUUGACCAUAGGUUAUACAUAUAACCUAUAGAACUAUAACAAACUCUAAAAUUUGAAUAUUUUAUUCAAGAUUACACUCUAGAUGUUUGCAACAUUCAAUAAGACAAUAAUAUGAUAAAUUAAUUAAGCAUAUAUAGGUCCAGUACAUGCUAUUUAUCCGGUUGGUGUUUAAAUGUGUUACUGAACAGGGUUGCCAGUAAAAUUGUAGAAUUGCUAGAAGGGGGGUCUUUCAUAUUUUGUUUGUCGCUUAAUAAUUCUCGUUGCACCUAUAAACAAAAUAUUUUCCUAUAUUCUUAAUCUGUGUCGACUAUGUUGAGUUUGUUACAUGAUUUAUUAAUUGUGUAUUGUAAAUAGGUUUGUGCUUUGAAUAUUUUUAUGCUGUUCACAUAUUUUAGCUGCUAUUGUAUGUAUAACUAAUUUGAGCAUCGUGCUGUUUGUUUAUAAUAAAAUAAAAAAAAAAUACAAAAAUAUCUAUAUCAAUAAGUUAGUUUGACAAUCAUUGUCGGGCUUUAGUUAAUUUUUUACAUUGGACGUUUUAUCUUGUACAUACAAUGUUUGUGCAUUAUCUAUGUGGUCAUUGUAAAUGGUUUUGUAUUUUAGGUCAGUGGAAUGUUAUCUUUUGGGGACCAUUUUCCAAAUAUAUUUUGAAAAGUGACA